AUCAGAUGUGCUAAAUAGAGAAACAAGCCUGCAACUUGGCUCUAUAAUUGUAAUAAAUAAAACAAAAACAUAAUAUACAAAUAAAAGCAGCUGUGCUUAUUAUUCCCCUCCCCCCCCCACCUCCCCACAAAAAAAGUUGCUGUUUUUUUACUGCUUUUAUUUACAAGCAAAAGUAUGAAGCUCUUCUUUGGGUUUCUUUUAAUAACAGUGGCGACAGGAGACAAAUUCAAGAUAAUACAAGAUGAAUUUAUUUAUCAGGCUACUCGGAUAGAGGAAUGUGGCGCAAACGAGGAAUAUCACAGCUGUGGCUCAACAUGCUUCCCGACAUGCUUCAUUCACCACUAUCCUCAAAUAUGCCUGCGCAUGUGCAUUCCCGGCUGCUACUGCAAAAGGGGCUUUGUUCAAGCGAGAAAUGGGAGCUGCAUUAGAUUUAGUGACUGCCCAAGAGACACAGAAAAUACUUCAUUAAUUCGCAAUUGUCUCGAUGUCCCCGAGGACGGCAAUUGCCGAGCAGACAUAGCCAUGUGGUACUACGAUCAAGAAUCAGGCUUUUGCCGUAGAUUCUAUUACAGUGGUUGUGAUGGAAAUGGAAACAGAUAUGCUUCGGAAGAGGAAUGUCUGCAACACUGCAAAGGAGAGCUAUUUCAAAAGCAUGAAUGUGGAGAAAACUCUCACUACAACGGCUGCGGUACUCCGAGCUCAGUCACUUGUGAAAACUACGAAAAUCCUCCAGAGUAUCGCAUGAUGAUGUGUAAAACUGGAUGCCAAUGUAAUGAAGGAUAUGUCCAGACAGAAGAUGGAAAUUGCGUGUUGCCGGAGGACUGUCCUAGAAAAAAUGAAAGUUAGUGUUUCACAGCCUCUUGAUGCUCUGGUUCAAAAGAAGGAAUUAAGAUUAAAUUUGUAAUGUCAUGAAAAAUAAAUAUUUUUAAAUAAUUUGCAA